AUGCCUGGACCAGCGAAGUCUGCUCCCGCCCCGAGGAAGGUCUCCAAGGAUGUGGUGACCAAGGUGCAGAAGAAGGAUGGCAAGAAGCACAAGCACAGCCACAAGGAGAGCUGCUCCAUGUACGUGUACAAGGUGCUGAAGCAGGUCCACCCAGACACUGGCAUCUCAUCCAAGGCCAUGGGCGUCAUGAACUCCUUUGUUAACAACAUCUUCGAGCACAUUGGGGGUGAGGCAUCACACCUGGUGCAUUACAACAAAUGCUCAACCAUCACAUCCUGGGUGAUCCAGACGGCCAUGUGCUUGCUGCUGCCAGGGGAGCUGGCCAAGCCUGCCAUGCCCAAGUGCACCAAGGCUGUUUCCAAGUAUACAAGCUUCAGGUAAACUUUCCAAGAGGAGCAAAUGGACUUUAGAAAUCUAUUUUCCCACCUCUAGUCACUGCUGGACACUGAUGCAUCUCACAAAUAAGUCAGUAAAAACAACUGAUACUAGAAGAUAAAAGAUAUUUUUAACAGUCAUAGGAGGAUCAAUAAGAACUUGGCUAAAACAUUUAUUUUAAGUAUAAAAAUAUUGUGUUCAUUGUAUAAAUUUGUAAAAAGAGAAAUAUAUAAACAGAAUAAUAUUAAAAUAAUUCCCAGGAUCUCUUUUCUAUAUAUUUAUGAUACAUAUAUGAUUAUGAACACAUAUA